AGAAGAGAAAGACGUUUCAGUGAAAGAAGAAGAAAACGCGUUCAGAGUGAAAGAGGAGGAGGAUGUUUCAGUGAAACAAGAGGAUACAGAUUUUGGAGUGAAAGAGGAGGGGGAGAUGACUGUCACAUCGAAGAAGGAAGAAGAGGAGGAAACUGGAUAUCUGGGCCCGGUUUCCCAAGGGCAUCUUAAGGCAUCCAAUGGUUCUAACGAUGAACGGGCCCUGGUUAACACUAGGGAGAGAUGUGACUAUCGUGGAUCCUCUGGGGAGCCUCAACAACAUAAUGAUGCUGACGAGGAAGAGAAGAGUCUCUCCACAUCAGAACACCUAAAGAAACAUCAGCGGAGACCCACAGGAAAGAAACCUCAUUGCUGCUCUGACUGUGGGAAACAUUGCAAAUAUUCAUCAGACCUUAAAAUACACCAGCGUGUACACACAGGAGAGAAAUCUCACCACUGUUCAGAUUGUGGGAAAAGCUUUUCAACAUCACAGAUUUUGAAGCUGCACCAGAGAACACACACAGGAGAGAAACCUCAUAGCUGUGAUCAAUGUGGYAAGAGAUUUACUCAGUCAGGCUCCCUGAAAUCWCACCAGAAACUACACACAGGAGAGAAAUCUUAUAGCUGUGAUCAAUGUGGUAAGAGUUUUACUACAUKUAGCAAUCUGACUAUACACCAGAGAACACACACAGGAGAGAGAUCAUUUAGUUGUAAUCAAUGUGGGAAGAGUUUUGUUCAAUCUAGCGAUCUGACAGUACACCAGAGAAAACACACAGGAGAGAAACCUUAUAGCUGUGAUCAAUGUGGGAAGAGUUUUAUUACAUCUAGCUAUCUGACCAUACACCAGCGGACACACACAGGAGAGAAAACCUUUCACUGUUCAGAUUGUGGGAAAAGCUUUUCAACAUCACAGACUUUGAAGCUGCACCAGAAAACACACACAGGAGAGAAAUCUUACAGCUGUGACCAAUGUGGGAAGAGUUUUAUUACAUCUAGCAAUCUUACUAUACACCAGAGAACACACACAGGAGAGAAACCCUUUAGUUGUGAUCAAUGUGGGAAGAGUUUUACUAGAUCUAGUGAUCUGACGGUACACCAGAGAACACACACAGGAGAKAAACCUCAUAGCUGUGAUCAAUGUGACAAGAGCUACUCUGAUAAAAGAUCUCUGAUCAAACAUCAGAAAAUACAUACAUGA